GAGGGUAGAAGAAAGAGAAAGGUGACAAAGAAAGAAUGAAGAAAAUUCAAUCCGAUCGAAUACAAUUUUGACGUCCGCAAGGACUCUCUUCUCUCUCCCUUCUCUCUCACUCAUCUUUUCGCUUCUCUUUCCACUUUCUCUCUCUAAACCUCACAGCCACGAACAGGGUGUUUACUGAGAUUGAUAGCCCAUAUCCCAGGUGAUACAGUGAGAAACCCUAGAUAAGCUCCGCGCAUAUCUUCAAUACUAUUCUCAAUGAAGGAAAAUCUGAGUGCAAAUUCCCCGCUUUACUUAAUUCUUAAUUCUUUGAUGAGUUCCCACUGGUGUUCUUGAUUCUUUUCUUCGGUUUUGUUCGGAGGCUCUCUCUGUUCAAUUUCAACUCCUGCCUCUUGUGCAGUGGAUGGCAAAUUGGAUCUGAAAAGUCAUGUAUUGUACAGAGAUUCAUGCGAAAGCCGUUUGAAGGUUGCUUAUCUGACCGCGCCACUGCAACUGUGAUGCUCAGAAUCGAAGUAAAUCCUCUGGAGCUUGUAGCUUUACGUUUUGGUGAUUGUGUGAAGACCUCAACAUUGAAAAAAUGGUACCCCCGGGACCACCCACUCCGAUUGGUGGUGCCCAGUCUGUCCCCCUCCCUAUUGAGAUCUAAUUCUGGAAUGUUGGGAGCUCAAGGGGGUCCGAUGCCUUCACAGUCUUCUUUCCCGUCGCUUGUGUCACCACGGACUCAGUUUAACAACAUGAACAUGCUAGGAAAUGUGCCCAAUGUAUCAUCCAUGCUGAAUCAGUCUUUCCCAAAUGGGGUUCAAAAUUCUGCGCUCUCUGGUCCCGGAAGUAAUCAGCGAGGAGGCGUUGAUGCUGGAGCUAAAACAGAUCCUCUUUCCAGUGUUGGCAACGGAAUGAACUUCAAUAAUACCUCUUCCUCAUUUGUACAAUCAAAUAUGGUGAAUCCUGGUCCUUCUGGUCAAGGUCAGGGUCAACAAUUUUCAAAUCCUUCUGGUAACCAACUGUUGCCAGAUCAACAGCAUUCCCAACAGCUAGACACUCAAAAUUUCCAACAUAGUCAGCAGUCAUUGCAACAGUUCUCAGCUCCUCUGAACUCUCAGCAACAGCAGCAGCAGCAACAUUUUCAAUCAAUUCGAGGAGGGAUAGCUGGCAUUGGACCUGUUAAAUUGGAGCCCCACGUAAACAAUGAUCAACUCGGGCAGCAGCAGCAGCAGAUGCAAUCACUGAGGAAUCUUGCACCAGUGAAAUUGGAACCUCAGCAAAUGCAAACAAUGAGAUCUAUGGCACCAGUGAAGAUGGAGCCCCAGCAUUCUGACCAGUCAUUAUUUUUGCAUCAGCAGCAGCAGCAGCAGCAGCAACAGCAGCAGCAACAAUACCUCCACAUGUCAAGGCCAACCCCUCAGCCUACUGCUGCUCAGCUUAAUCUAUUGCAGCACCAGAGACUGUUGCAAAUACAACAGCACCAACAACAACAACUCUUGAAGGCAUUGCCUCAGCAACGGCCACAACUACAACAGCAGUUUCCACAGCAGAAUAUGCCUAUGAGGACUCCCGGAAAGCCGGUUUAUGAACCUGGAAUGUGUGCUAGGCGGCUGACGCAUUACAUGUAUCAGCAACAGCAUAGACCUGAAGACAACAACAUUGAGUUCUGGAGGAAAUUUGUUGCUGAAUAUUUUGCUCCUAAUGCCAAAAAGAAGUGGUGCGUUUCUAUGUAUGGAAGCGGCAGACAUACAACUGGGGUUUUUCCUCAGGAUGUAUGGCACUGUGAAAUAUGUAAUCGCAAACCUGGCCGUGGUUUUGAAGCAACUGUUGAAGUACUUCCCAGGCUCUUCAAAAUAAAGUAUGAAAGUGGCACUUUGGAAGAGCUGCUUUAUGUAGACAUGCCCCGCGAGUAUCAUAAUUCCUCUGGCCAGAUUGUUCUGGAUUAUGCAAAAGCGAUACAAGAAAGUGUUUUUGAGCAACUCCGUGUUGUUCGUGAUGGUCAACUUCGAAUAGUUUUUUCUCCAGACCUGAAGAUUUGCUCUUGGGAAUUCUGUGCUCGGCGUCAUGAGGAGCUUAUCCCAAGAAGACUGUUAAUACCUCAGGUUAGUCAGCUUGGAGCUGCUGCUCAAAAAUACCAGGCUUUUACUCAGAACGCAACGCCUAAUUUAUCUGUUCCUGAGUUACAAAAUAAUUGCAAUAUGUUUGUUGCAUCAGCUCGUCAGCUAGCAAAAGCCCUAGAGGUGCCAUUGGUUAAUGAUUUAGGAUAUACAAAGAGAUAUGUGCGGUGCCUACAGAUAUCGGAAGUGGUAAAUAGUAUGAAAGACUUGAUAGAUUACAGCCGAGAAAAAGGCAUUGGACCUAUGGAAAGCUUGGCCAAGUAUCCUCGGAGAACUAGUAGUUCAUCUGGAGUUAAUAGUCAGGCUCAGCUGCCUGAAGAUCAAUUACAGCAGCAACAGCAACAGCAGCAACAAAUGGUGGCCCAAAGUUCAAAUGGUGAUCAAAACUCGGUGCAACCUGCUGCUGUGCAAAUAGCUUCUGGCAAUGGGGUGGCUAGUGUGAAUAACUGUAUGAACCCAGUAUCUGCAUCGACUACACCAAGCACCAUUGUUGGACUUCUCCACCAGAACUCUAUGAAUUCUAGACAACAGAAUUCCAUGAACAAUGCCAGCAGUCCAUAUGGAGGUAGUUCUGUUCAGAUACCAUCCCCAGGUUCUUCCAGUACUGUGCCACCAGCGCAGCCAAACCCGUCGCCCUUUCAAGCGCCAACACCAUCCUCAUCUAGCAAUCCACCACAAACUUCUCACUCAUCUUUAGCAGCUGGCAAUCACAUGAAUUCAUCUAAUUCACCAGCUAAUGUUUCCUUGCAACAACAGCAGUCAUCCCUUUCCAGUGAAGCUGACCCCAGUGAUGCUCAGAGUUCAGUUCAAAAAAUCUUAUCAGGAAUAUACACCCAAAAUAAUGGCACUGCUGGAAUGGUAGGUGUCGGCUCUUUUGGAAAUGAUGUCAAGAAUGUGAAUGGGAUUAUGCCAGUGAAUACCAAUACAGGUCUCAAUGGUGGCAACUGCCUGGCUGGCAAUGGGCCUGUGAAUGGUAAUUCAGGUGUUGGGGCUGGUGGAUAUGGUACAAUGGGCGGCGGGCUUGGUCAAUCCACCAUGGUCAAUGGGAUCAGAGCUGCAAUGGGAAAUAACUCUAUUAUGAAUGGGAGGGGAGGAAUGGCAACUAUUGCUCGAGACCAAGCUAUGAAUCAUCAACAAGAUUUGUCAAACCAACUACUUAGUGGACUAGGAGCAGUAAAUAGUUUUAAUAAUCUUCAAUUUGAUUGGAAACCUUCCCCAUGAAAAGGCUUUGCAGAUAUAUGGGUGUUCUGGUUCUUGACAGCUGCUUGUGCAGCAAAGCAUGGUAGACCUGCCUUAGGCCUCCCUUAUGAUUGCAGGCUGCGAUGGCAUAGUUAUAGGACAUAGGAUCAAGGCCUGCCUCUGUACUAAUCUGUUAUUUGCUAUGUAAAAAUGAAAAUCUGCUGGCUGGUUUUGUGGCUGACGGGUGUGAUUUUUCUUGUGAAUUCAAAUGUAACUUUUUUAUUUU